AUGGAUAACAGGGAGAACCUCUGGACCCGCCGCUCCAACACCAGCAAGCUCUCUCUGUCCACCUCGCAGUCCGAACACCCGAACGACCACGCUCCGACGCGCACAUUCUCCGCCUCUGCAAAAGGCUUCGGCGCCACGUCGUCGCACGGCGGCCGCAAUCCCUUCAACGCCAUUUCGCCAUUAACUCCCGGCGCGCUCGCGUCGCCGACCACCGGGGGCUCUUCUGCGUUUGGGCUUGGGUCGGGUGCCUUUGCGUCUUUUGGGUCUGCCAACAAGGCGCCAAAGACGCCGGGCACUGCCUUCGACUUCAAGACGGCUGCAGUACCCGCAGCGGCACCAAUAACACCCGCCGAUAGAAAGGCGCCGAGCAAGGUCUUAAACAGCGCACGCAAGGAGCCGACUUUCACAUCUGCGCCACAAGAGAGCACAAUGCCCUCAGAGCCGCUCGACCCUAAUGCACCGUGGCCGCUGAAGUACUCGUGGGUCGUCUGGUUCCGCCCGCCCACACCCAAGAACAACGACUACGAGAAGUCGAUGAAGCCUCUUUGUAGAAUAAGCACCGCCCAGGAUUUCUGGAAGGUGUUUGUGCACCUCAAGCGGCCUUCAUCGCUGCCCACAGUCUCUGACUACCACGUCUUCAAGGAAGGCAUUAGGCCUGUGUGGGAAGACGAGGAGAACAAGCGUGGCGGCAAAUGGAUCAUGCGCCUGAAAAAGGGAGUCGCAGACCGCUACUGGGAAGAAUUGCUCAUGGCAUGUAUUGGUAACCAGUUCAACGAGGCCGGCGAGGAAGUUUGCGGCUUCGUCCUCAGUGUUCGAAGCGGCGAGGACGUCUUCAGCAUCUGGACGAAGAACGACGGUGGCCGCAACAUCAAGAUCAGGGAGACGGUAAAGCGUGUGCUAACCCUCCCUGAAGGCACCCAGAUCAUCUGGCGUAGUCACGACGACAGCAUCGCGCAACGCACUGCCAUUGACCAGGCACGUCAGGAAAAGAACCAGCUCAACCACGAGAAACGUCGAGUAACAUCGUCGGACGAGACACAGCGGGAGAAAUCCACAGCUGGAUUGUAG